AGGAAGCAGAGAGAGAGGCAGCGGAGCCUCACAAUCCAGCUCCAUCCUCACUGUGUGCCGGCGAUCAGCACACACAGCCCGGCCAAGCUAGAGCCCGCAGACACGCAGUCAGCUCCAGGGACAGCCGCAAGCGCGUCAUGGCAGGAGCCGGAGGCGGGGGCAAUGAUGUGCAGUGGUGCUUCUCUCAGGUGAAGGGGGCCAUCGACGAUGACGUUGCUGAAGCUGAUAUUAUUUCGACUGUGGAGUUCAAUCACUCUGGAGAGCUGCUGGCGACGGGCGACAAGGGAGGCAGAGUCGUCAUCUUCCAGCAGGAGCCAGAGGUCAGAAACAAUAAGAGCCAGCUGCAGUGCCGAGGCGAGUACAACGUUUACAGCACCUUCCAGAGUCACGAGCCGGAGUUCGACUACCUGAAGAGCUUGGAGAUUGAGGAGAAGAUCAACAAGAUCCGCUGGCUGCCCCAGAAGAAUGCAGCGCAGUUCCUGUUGUCCACAAACGAUAAAACUAUAAAGCUGUGGAAGAUCAGUGAACGAGACAAGAGACCAGAGGGGUACAACCUGAAAGAGGAGGAUGGGAGGUACAGGGACCCCUCCACAGUCACAACACUACGGGUGCCGGUGUUCCGGCCCAUGGACCUCAUGGUGGAGGCGAGUCCACGCAGGGUGUUUGCGAACGCACACACCUACCACAUCAACUCCAUCUCGGUCAACAGCGACUACGAGACCUACCUGUCUGCGGACGACCUGCGCGUCAACCUGUGGCACCUGGAGAUCACCGACCGAAGCUUCAAUAUUGUCGAUAUCAAGCCGGCCAACAUGGAGGAGCUGACGGAGGUGAUCACGGCCGCAGAGUUUCACCCCAACCAGUGCAACACCUUCGUCUACAGCAGCAGCAAGGGCACCAUCAGGCUCUGCGACAUGAGAGAGUCUGCACUGUGCGACAAGCACUCCAAACUGUUCGAGGAGCCGGAGGAUCCCAGCAACAGGUCGUUCUUCUCCGAAAUCAUCUCCUCCAUUUCGGACGUCAAGUUCAGCCACAACGGGCGCUACAUGAUGACCAGGGACUACCUGUCCGUCAAGAUCUGGGACCUAAACAUGGAGUCGAGACCGGUGGAGACGUACCAGGUUCAUGAGUAUCUCAGGAGUAAGCUGUGUUCUCUCUACGAGAACGACUGUAUUUUCGACAAGUUUGAGUGCUGCUGGAACGGGAGUGACAGCGUGGUGAUGACUGGCUCCUACAACAACUUCUUCCGGAUGUUCGACCGCGGGCAGAAGAAGGACGUGACCCUGGAGGCGUCGCGGGAGAGCAGCAAGCCGCGCGCCGUGCUGAAGCCGCGCAAGGUGUGUGCUGGGGGCAAGAGGAAGAAGGACGAGAUCAGCGUGGACAGCCUGGACUUUAACAAGAAGAUCCUGCACACCGCUUGGCACCCCCAGGAGAAUAUCAUCGCGGUGGCCACCACCAACAACCUGUACAUAUUCCAGGACAAACUGAACUGACCCCGGCCCGAGUGGGUGGGAGGGAGGGAGGGAGGGAAGGGGGGUACAAACGAGAGCCCACUUUCUGUAUUGUGAAUCUAGUGGAACUGUAGCCUUUGUGGGGAGGGAUGUUUCCAUGCAGCUAGCUCUUGGUAUUUUCAUUUUGUGCCAUUUUUCAUUUCUGCUCAUUUUUUUUAUGGUUAUUAAUUUUGACAUGUGGAUGGUUUUUUUUUGCGCCUCACCACCCCCCCUGCCCCCUCUUGCACGCACCCCUGCGAUAGCCGUGCUCCUCACCCCCUCACCAGCCUCCAUAACUGGGGCAGCACCCAGUCUGCCACUACCCUCCCUGCUCUCCUUUUACAGAGACCCAUGGUUCAUUCGCCUCCUCAUCCAAGCAGUACAAAAAGGGGACAUUUUUUCAUCUGACAUAUAAAAGCUAUAAAUCUUACAGUCCUUGUUUCACUACGGCUAGCUGUGGCGGGUGUUUCCCGGGCGGCUGGCGGGGAGACCAGCUAGCCGUGCAUGAAGUGGUGUUUGACGGGCGUGUGUUUGGUGUCAGGCUGGACCCCUCUCCCCUCCACAGCGGGGCUGCUUUGCUGGAUCAACUCGUCGCUGACCGUGGCCCAGCUCCAGUCAGCACUGCGGUCUAGCCUUCGUGGGAGGGGAAAAAAAGUCAGUUCCUGUUAUGAGUUGUUUUUUUUUUAACUUCUUGAAGCCAAACUUAGAAUUAUUA